AUGUUCUCAGUUGAAGCGGAAAACGCCUUGGGAUAUGGAAAAAAAAAAACGAGUAAGAAAUUUACUCAUGGGGAAGUUAACCGAUUAGAGACAGACGAAGCGGUUAAAAGAGAAUGGAAAGGAUCACAUGAGGAGAAUCAUAAUAAACUGAGGAAUAACGUUCCGCUUAUGUUUCCGAAGGGGAUGAAAAUGGAACAGAAAAAAUGCUUAAUAAAUGGAAAUGGGGAAGACAACCCAGGCGAAGAAAAAUCAUUGAGUGAGGAAGCUUCUCCUUUAACAGUAAAUCUCACAAGUGAAGAGGCUCAGGAAGGCACGCAUUCGACGGUGACAAAAGAAACGAAUGUGAUAAGUAUAAUUACACCCGUUGGCGAACUUCUUCGGAGCAGUACCCACCAAUCCGCCUGGGAUAAUAACGCCCUUGGAAGGGAUAAAAGUACCAUGAAGUACUUUCUCCCUCGAAGAAACAUCACUGUUGAUUGUGAAAAGAAAGGAAAGACAAACCUUUUCGUUAGUACCCUGAAUGAGUCAAAUAAUCCUUUGGCAUGUUCUCCAACAGGAUGCCAUUCCACAGGUUGCUGCCGGGAUAUUCUGCAGCAACAUUUUGAGCGCCAUAUUAGUAAAGGGGUAAAUUUAGCAGAAGCAGGAUUGAAAAAAUGUGAAGGAAGCAAUUCUGAAAGUGGGGAAUUCGGGAAUGGAAGUUACGAAAGUGUGAAGGGAUCUACAUCUAAGGAUUCCCCUCUGGGGAACCCAUUCGUGAAGAGGGAUAUCAUCCACUGGCAUAACAACGAUUUUUCGCUAUGUGGAAGUAGUGAAGAUAUUCCCGAAGGCAAACUGAAGGAUGACGAAAAUGAGGAGCGGACAGAAGGAGAAGAGACAGAUGUGAGUACAGUUAGGAGUGUCGAAUCGGUUGAUGAUGCUGCAACACAUGGGGGGAUCCAAGAGGGGGAGAACCAUCAAAUUGGGAAUUUAAAUAGAGGAGAUACAGCAACGCUUGAUGUGGUAAAAAUGGACAAUUCACAUAUAGGUAUCCACCACUCAGAUGACAACAUUUUGGAAUAUAGUAACGAAGAGAAAAAACGUGAUCACUCAAAAAUGGAAGGUGAAGCAUUUAAGACGAUAAACAGUGGGAGUGCUAUAAAACCUGCUAUCGUAGAAGGAAAAAAUGAGUUUAUGCGUUCUGAUAUUGCAUCUCCGGAAGGAGGGGAAAUAGGAUGUACAGAAGAAAAGGCGCUUACAGUGAAUAAACACCCUAUCACACAGGGAGGCAUUACCCAUGCAGACAAGAGGGAAAGUAAAGGGGGACAAAUCCACAACGCAAUUCACGGCAACUGUACAAAGGAACAAACUUUAUUAAGCGCCGAUAUAGGGGUGAACAAAAUGUUGAAUUCCUCAAAUGGGGUAGAAAUAAAGAUGGAUGAUUGCACUUAUCGCUGUGUUUAUAAUAUGAACAGAGCGGCGAAAGUAUAUUCCACUGAUAGCACUGUAAAUUUUUUAAAAAACAAUGUGAUUUUUCUGAGGAAAAGAAGAAGUAACAACACCCGUAAGAAGGAUAGUAACCAGAGGAGCUGCAGCAGUAGCAGUAGGAAUGUGAACAGAGAAGGAGAUGGGAAGAGUAAGGACCUACCUAAUGAACAUGGUGUAGUACAGAAUAUGAGAAAUACGUUUUUGCCCAUCCCAAAGGGUACUUCAAUAUUUGUGGAGAAAAGUGAAAAAAAUAGGAAGUGCCCAAGUAGGGAGAGAAAGGGCAAUUCUUCAAGCGAUAGAGAGAAGGGCGACCUGGUGCAUGGGGGUGAAAAGAAUCCCACUUCCCCCCAUUUGGAGGGUACAUGGAAAAAGGAGAAAUCACCAAAUAGGAUAUUCAAUGAAAGCAGGUUAACAAUGAAGCAGGUGGAAGGAUGUCCCUCUGUUGUAAAUGGGUAUAUAUGUAACUUCAAUGAGGGGCAAAGCAGUUCCCAAGGAAAAGUACCCUCAAGUCGAUACUCACGCAGAAUAGACAGACUGGAAGGUCAGUCCUCACCCUCAAAUUGGAAAUUCGGCGUAACGGAUGAGCUCAAAGGAGGGUCAUCACCACACAGCAUACAAAAUGUUGACAUGGGAAGGAAGCCAUGUGUAGCUUUCCAGGUGGGACCAAAGACGGAUAAGACAUCAUUGCAAGAGGAAAAAAGUGAUGACAAUGGACGGAAUGAAAAGGAAGAAAAAAGGCUCAAUUUUCCAAGUGUAAAAUUCGGAGUAGAAGGAAGGCAGAGUAGCAUAGCGAAGGGGAAGAAAAAACAGUAUAAGUUAUUUCACAUCCAUGACAUGCCUAGCAAUACCCACUUGGAUGAACCGAAAAGUGGAGAGGAAGGGAACAUGAAUAACAGAAGGACAAACCAAGAUUCUCUCUCAGUUCACCAUUCGGUGGUGAGCGCAAAUGACGAGAUGACCACAGGGGUAGACAUAACUCAAAAGGUAGGGCAACAACAUCCCCUGACGAGCAGAUCCAAUCAGAGUCAUCACAUAAUGAAUAUAAUUAGAGGGUCGAAAAAUCAGCAACGAAAGGAUACCAUGCGAGGUGGUAAUGUUAGAAACAACCCAAAUGUGUUCUGCACGAAUGACACCAAUUAUGGUAUUAUAAGUAUUCCUAAUUGGGAGUCUAGGGAAAACAUACAAAUGAGCAUUCCCAACGAAAUGAACCUUACCAAUUUUGGUGGACAAUAUGAGACUAUCAAAGCCUGUUAUGAUGACCAGUCAGGAAGUGAAGAAAAAGGUGGUCUGGGAGGGAAUUAUCCCCCUUCGAAGGAAACCCUGUUGGAUCGAAUUAACAAAUAUAUUUCCGCAACGAACAGGAAAAAUGAAAUGAAUCAUUACUACAUGCAGUCAGAAUCGGAAAAUAAAAAAAUAAAAGAAGAACAUAAUCGCAGAGGGAUGAAGGAGAAAAGUGUUAAGGAUGUCUUUCCGUUAAAAAGUGACAGAACCAUUUUCCCUCUCUUUACUCCAAUACGGAGAAGCGAUAAAAUGACGAGCAAAAAAGUAUUCCACAUAAGGAAUAGAAAUGCGUACAUGGUGGAAGGUCCACCAGAAAUGAGUCCCAUGGUAGGUACAAAUCGGAAAAAUGAUAUUUCUCUAAACGAAUUUGUAAAAAAUAAAUUGUUAACCAAAGGAGGGGAAUGCAAUUUUCUCCCUAAUUGUACUACACAUAUGACAGAUAAGUCAAAUGUGGGAAGUUCAAGCUCGUCCUUCUAUGAUAAAAUCAAAGGUAAUAACAACCCACAUGUGCCUAAUUGUAAAAAAAAUGAAGACAAGUCAAGGUCCCCCUUGAACAGCCUUCUUAAAAAUUUCUACACAGAAAGAAGAAACAACACAACUGGUGAGACAUGUACCAACAGGAAUUUUAUCAUUCACAGGAAUAGGAACAAUUUGAAAAAUGAAAAUAAAGCGUUUGGCAUUAGUGAGGAAGGGACUUCUUCUGCUCUGGUGGUCAACGAUGAAGGAAACUACACUCAAGAGCACAGAAGGGGGGAUGUCUUAAGGAGGUGCGACGCUUACAGAAGUUGUGUCUCAGCUAGAGAUGACCAAUUGAACAAGAUAGGCGGAUUGGAAAUUGAUGUGAAAGAGGGCGAGAUGAGACGAACCUACUUGGAAAGGGGGCAUUCGGAUUAUCAUAUAACGAUAUGUGAGGAUAGAGAAAAUGUAAAGGAAUUGACCAAGGAAAAAACAGAGGCAAAAUUAUGUGGCAAAAAUAAUAAUCCAAUUCCAGAGCAGACAGAGAGAUUUAAUUUUUUUCAUAGCGAGCAUGAUUUAUUUAACGGAGAGAAAUUAAGGCUUUAUUUUUCUAAAGGGAAAAAUGCCCUGCAUAAUGGGAUUUUUAAAAUAAGGAGCGAAGCUGGGAUAUUUUCAAUUCUUAAAAAUUUCGCCUUUUUCGAGGAAGGGGCGAAAAUGAGUGAUGCAGACGGGGCCAAACAGGAAUCCAUUUCGUAUGAAUGUAGAUAUAACGCCGAGUUGGUUUGUCGCCGUGGUGAGGGGAAAGUGCUAAGUGUGGCGAAAACGGGUGCUGAAGUUGCGAAUGUUACAGGGGAUGCAGCGCGUGUAUCAGGUGCGGUCGAUGGGGGGUUCACUAGUAAGGAGGACAAGAAUGAUGAGACUGGGACGAUUGCAGUGAAUUCGCAGAAUGGAUCUCGUGAGGUAAAUAACAUCAUUUAUGGCACGAGCGAAGCGGAAAAAUCCGCGUGUGCAGGAUCGGACGACGAAGUAAGGGGCGCAAUUGGCCAAAUAGGUAGCAGUGUCAGAAUCUGUAGUAACGGCAGACACGCGUGGAAGGAGUUCGCCGGAGGAGAGACACCCCAGGGGGGAGAUGUACAAAUGAGUGCACUGAGUAACCAAAACGAGGAAGUGAAGGAUGCAAAGGGGGGAACUCUUACCGAGGGGAACAAGUGCGUACUGCGAAUGAGUGACGAAGAAGGGAUCGAAAUUAACGUCGACGUUGAGAGAGAUGAUAUUAUAAACGCAGUGUGUCAAAGGAGUGAGGUGGAAGAAGAGAAAGGUGCUUUGUUUGACAGGGAACAAAGUGGCCCCUUUUUCUGCCUCAAAGAUGGAGAGGUAAGAACAGGGGACAGCGCCAAUUUUGGAUACAGCGAAAACCAUGAUUUGAAGAGGCAAAAAUGUGAUGCCUCAAGAAUCUCAAAUGUUAUGCUAGAUAAUUUCGAGAAAAUUGCCGAAAGGAUCAACUUCAUUUUAGAAGACACAGUAAUGUUUUUUCAGAAAAAUUUAUAUGUCCAUAAUGGGUAUGGGUCUGUGAAGAUGUACAAAGAGGGCACGGGGUGGUUAGGAGAAAACACAGUGGGUAAGUGGUCUCGUGUGUACAAAAUUAAUAAGGUGGUGUGUAAGGGGGCACAUGGGGUGGUAUUUUCCGCGUGGAGGGGGGAGGAAGGGGAUGAUAUGGGUAAGCAGCUUGAAGAGAAGGCGGAAAAAGACGCAACCCUGGAGAAGGAAAACGAAACAGGCGAGGGGGGCACAAAAGUGGAAGGAGCAGGGGGGGGUAGCAUCAAUCAAAAGAACAAUGGGGACAUCCAUCACGGAGAAGAUAAAGGUAGUCAUCAAGGCAUCGAUAAAGGUAGUCACCAAGGCAUCGAUAAAGGUAGUCACCAAGGCAUCGAUAAAGGUAGUCACCAAGGCAACGAUGAAGGUAGUCACCAAGGCAACGAUAAGGACAGCGAUGAAGAGAAAUAUGAUGAAGAGAAUUUGGUGACACUGAAAAUUAUUAACUUGCGCUAUUUAAGUAAAGAAAAUAGCUUGAGGAGAAUCAUGAAGGAGGUGCAUUUCUUACAAAAUUGCAAUCACCCCAAUAUUGUUAAGUACCACGAAUCCUUUUUCUGGCCUCCCUGUUAUCUGGUCAUUGUGUGUGAAUUCCUCUCAGGUGGAACAUUAUUCGAUUUAUAUAAAAAGUGUGGAAGGAUAACUGAAGAUGUGUUGGUACACAUUUUAGACGACGUAUUAAAGGCGUUAAAAUAUUUGCAUAACGAAUGCUCCUUAUGUUUAGUUCAUAGGGACAUCAAACCGACAAAUAUCGUUUUUUCGAAAAGUGGAGUGGCAAAGAUAGUAGACUUUGGAUCCUGUGAAAAGGUAGAAGAUCUAAAGUUGCAUGAAGUUGUGGGAACUCUUUAUUAUAUUUCCCCAGAAAUUUUGAAGAGAGAAAAGUAUGACUGCUCAGCAGACAUUUGGUCGUUAGGAAUAACUAUAUAUGAAAGUGUCAUGUGCGCACUGCCCUGGAGGGGGAAAAAAGAUAUUGAGGAAUCUAUAAAGCAAAUUGUGGAUUCCUCUCCUAAAAUUAAUCUGUGCUCCGGUUUCAGCAAACAGUUCUGCUUCUUUGUAGAGUCUUGUUUGCAGAAUAAUCCUGGAAAAAGGGCAAAGGUUGCAAAUCUACUUGGUCACAAAUUUUUAACGAAAAAGAGACUCAUACGGAGGAAACCGAGUUCCAUUUUCGAAAUUAGAGAUAUUCUCAAAGUGAACAAUGGGAAGGGGAAAAAUAAUAUUUUUCGAAAUUUUUUCAAGAAUCUUUUUUUCUUUAAUGAUAAGAAUAAACGGAGAACGAACAAAGCUUUGAGUUCUAAGUCUUGUGAACCGGAAAUGUUUUACCAGAAAUUAAAACGAGAGAACUUUGACUUCUUCGAAAUUAAGUUGCGAGACGAGAACAGCAGGUCUUUGGGCCACUUGCACGUGGGUGACAUGAAGCCUGGAGAACCUGAAAACGAAGAAGAGGGUAAGGAAGGCGCCCCAAAUGAAAAAACAAAACCAAAUCUGCACGACAACGAUGACGCAGAAUGUGCGGAGACGGAAGUCCAAUGGAUGAAUAACCUCUCCUCAAACUAUCUCGAUUCAAAGGAGGACUUAGCGAAACAGCCUCAUGCUACCUAG